AUGAGUCGUGACUCAGAACCCGAGUCGGUUCUUCUUUGCCGAGUUCUUUCACAAAUUCAGUUUCCCAUUCAGAAGUUCAAUAGAACUCAAAGAACCCUCAUCUCACCUUUGGAACUCACGAGGUAUUUGUUUUUGAAUAACAUUAACAAGAUGGAACACACUGAGGAUAUUGUAGGCAAACAUCGGGAGAAACACGAUGAUGAGGAAGCUGUUGCUCGUCUCGAAGAAUUUAAGAAGUCUGUUGAAGCAAAAAUGGUGCUACGUCAGAGUAAUUCGAACCCUGAAAGGCCUGACUCAGGUUUUCUCAGGACAUUGGAUUCUAGCAUUAAGCGCAAUACAGCUGUUAUUAAAAAACUAAAGCAGAUAAGUGAGGAGCAGCGAGAAGGUUUGAUGGAUGAGUUGCGCGGUGUCAACCUAAGCAAAUUUGUUAGUGAAGCAGUAACUUCAAUUUGUGAUGCGAAGCUUAAGACUGCAGACAUACAAGCUGCUGUUCAGAUCUGCUCUUUACUUCAUCAAAGGUACAAAGACUUCUCAUCUAGUCUGGUUCAAGGUCUCUUGAAAAUUUUCUUACCUGGAAAGUCCACCGAGGACUUAGAUGGAGACAAAAAUUCAAAGGCCAUGAAGAAGCGGAGCACACUAAAACUUCUAUUGGAACUUUACUUUGUUGGAGUUGUAGAAGAUAGCAGCAUGUUUACAAACAUCAUUAAGGAUCUCACUAGCACGGAACAUUUUAAGGAUCGUGAUGCAACCCAGACAAAUUUAUCCCUUCUUGCUAGUUUUGCUCGACAAGGAAGAUAUCUUCUUGGACUGCCUCUGACUGGACAAGAUAUGCUGGAAGAGUUUUUCCAGGGACUUAAUAUUACAGCAGAACAGAAAAAAUUCUUUAGAAAGGCAUUUUUAACCUACUAUGACGCUGCUGUAGAACUACUUCAGGCAGAACAUGCAUCACUUCACCAAAUGGAGCAUGAUAAUGCGAAGAUUUUAAAUGCUAAAGGUGAACUGAGUGAAGAAAACGCCUCUUCAUACGAAAAGCUGAGAAAAUCAUAUGACCAACUGUAUCGUGGUAUCUCAUCAUUAGCAGAAGCACUUGACAUGCAACCUCCAGUGUUGCCUGAGGAUGGUCAUACGACCAGAGUCACAUCAGGGGAGGAUGUUUCGUCUCCUGGUGUUGGCAAAGAUACUUCUUCUCUGGAAGCCUUGUGGGAUGAUGAAGAUACUAGAGCUUUCUACGAGUGCCUGCCAGAUCUCAGAGCCUUCGUUCCAGCUGUGUUGUUGGGAGAGGCAGAACCAAAGUCGAACGAGCAAUCUCCAAAAACUCAAGAACAACCCAGUGAUCUGGCUCCUGAAUCAGAUAAAGGUCAGAUAGCUACUCAAGAUACUGCAGAGGUUUCUGCUGAUUCUGGAGCCUUACAGGAGGAUAAAGAUAGCAAAGGGAAGGAUAAAGAAGAAAAAGACAAAGAAAGGACCAAAGAGCCUGACAAAGAGAAGGGAAAAGAAAAGGAUGCUGAAAGAAGAGGAGAAAAUGAAAAGGACAAAGUUAAAGGUCUUGAAGGAACAAAUCUUGAUGCUUUGCUACAGAGGCUCCCAAGCUGUGUGAGCCGUGACUUGAUUGAUCAGUUGACUGUAGAGUUUUGCUAUUUAAACUCGAAGGCCAACAGGAAAAAGCUUUUGUUGGAGGAAGAGUUCAACUUUUUAAUAAAUAAGAAGGAUCAAAUGAACAUUGAAACAAAGAUCAGGAACAUACGUUUUAUUGGAGAACUUUGCAAGUUUAAAAUUGCAUCAGCGGGCCUUGUUUUCAGUUGUCUAAAGGCUUGUUUAGAUGAUUUUACUCAUCAUAAUAUUGAUGUUGCUUGCAAUCUUCUUGAGACAUGCGGUCGCUUCCUCUAUCGGUCUCCUGAGACUACUGUACGCAUGUCUAACAUGUUAGAGAUAUUGAUGCGCUUGAAAAAUGUCAAAAAUUUGGAUCCUCGUCAGAGCACUUUAGCAGAGAAUGCUUAUUACUUGUGCAAACCACCAGAAAGAUCAGCCCGGGUCUCCAAAGUUCGUCCUCCACUGCAUCAGUACAUUAGGAAACUUCUUUUUUCGGAUCUUGACAAGUCUACGAUUGAGCAUGUACUGAGACAGUUACGUAAACUACCUUGGACUGAAUGUGAACCGUACAUUUUGAAGUGUUUCUUGAAGGUUCAUAAGGGAAAAUAUGGUCAGAUUCAUUUGAUUGCAUCCCUCACUGCUGGUCUGAGUCGUUAUCAUGAUGACUUUGCAGUUGCUGUUGUUGAUGAGGUUUUGGAAGAAAUCAGGCUCGGAUUAGAGUUGAAUGACUAUGGUAUGCAGCAACAGCGCAUUGCCCACAUGCGUUUCUUGGGGGAAUUAUACAACUAUGAGCUUGUCGAUUCAUCUGUUAUUUUUGAUACACUCUAUCUGAUUCUCGUUUUUAGCCAUGGGACUGCGGAGCAAGAUAUGUUGGAUCCACCAGAAGAUUGUUUCCGCAUCAGGAUGGUUAUAACACUUCUUGAGACUUGUGGGCAUUAUUUUGAUAGAGGUUCAUCGAAGAGGAAACUUGAUCGGUUCUUAGUUCAUUUCCAGAGGUACAUAUUAAGCAAAGGUGCACUGCCCCUGGAUAUUGAGUUUGACUUGCAGGAUUUAUUUGCUGAAUUACGCCCCAACAUGAUUCGAUAUUUAUCAAUUGAAGAAGUUAAUGCUGCGCUAAUUGAACUUGAAGAAUAUGAGCUCAGAGUUUCAUCUGAGAAGGCUCACAACGAUAAGCUUUCAGAUACAGAAAAGCCUCCUAGAAGGACUUCAUCUGGUGCUCUAUCUGUGAAUGGACAAAUCCUUGCAAAUGGCACGGAGGAAAAUGGUGAAUUACAUGAAGAGUUUGCUGGGGAGACCGAUAGUGAAUCUGGGAGUGGCACCACUGAGCACGUUGAUAAUGACGAUGAAGAGUCAGAUGAAGAUAAUGAAGGCGAAAGUGAUGAUGAUUAUGAAGAUGGAGGUGAACCUGCUUCUGAUGAGGAUGAUGAAGUGCACGUCAGGCAGAAGGUGGCAGAAGUGGACCCUCAGGAGGUAGCCGACUUUGACCGAGAAUUUCGUGCUCUAAUGCAGGAGAGCUUGGAUUCCCGAAAAUUGGAGCUGCGAUCACGGCCUACAUUAAACAUGAUGAUACCAAUGAAUGUGUUUGAGGGCCCUACCAAGGAACAUCAUGGGAGGGGGGUUGAAGGAGAAAGUGGUGAUGACACCACAGAUGAUGGGGCUGGAGGAACGAAGGAGGUUCGGGUGAAGGUCCUUGUGAAGCGGGGAAACAAACAACAAACAAAGCAAAUGCAAGUUCCUCGCGAUUGGGUCCUGGUACAGAGCACAAAGCAGAAAGAAGCAGCUGAGCUUGAAGAAAAACAAGAUAUCAAAAGGCGCGUCUUAGAGUACAAUGAUAGAGAAGAGGAGGAACUCAAUGGAGGGACCCAGGCACCUGGGUGGACACCAAGUGGUGGAGGCAGAGCUGUGAACCGCGGCCACACAUGGGAAGGGCAUGGCCGAACUUCUGGAUCGCGCCACCGGAAUUUAUAUCAUUCUGGUGGUGGGCAUUAUUACGGUAGAAGAAGGUGA